CCCCGCUUCCUCUUUCUUGUCGUUCCCUCGUCUCCCCUAGCCCUCAUUCGGCGGCGAUUCCGGCUGUCUGCCGGCUGUUCUGAUCCCUCCUCGACCGCGCCGACGACCCCGUCCCCGUCCCCGCCCCCCACACUUCCCUCUCCCCCCCCCGCCGCGGGGCGGAUAACUCGAGCGACUCUCGCCGUCUCGAACGGUUCGACAAGGUAGUGAUUUGCAUAUGUUUUGAUGAUCCACUUGCUCUUAUUGUCAUAUGGCAUCGAGUAUCCUGGCAGGAGAACGAAGAUGGGCUUCCACUCGAAAAUCAGGCAUGACUAUUUUGGGUAAAGUACCAAAACCCAUCAAUUUACCAAGUCAAAGGUUGGAGAACAAUGGUGUUGACCCAAACUUGGAAAUCGUUCCCAAGGGUUCUCUUACUUGGGGAAACCGACCAUCUUCGGCAAGUACAAAUGUGUGGAGUUCAUCAACUCUACUAUCACCUAAAACUGAUGGAAGUAGUGGUUCACCAAGUCAUUAUAGUGGUCGUCCAUCAUCUGGUGGAAGUGGUACGAGGCCAUCAACAGCAGGUAGUGAUAGGUCCCAAGACCCUUCCCCCAAUGCAUGGGGUUCAAAUUUACGUCCAUUUACAGCAUCUGGAUCAUUGCCAUCAAACCAAACACCAAUGGCAGCUCGUCCACAAAGUGCAGAGACGAGGCCUGGUAGCUCUCACCUCUCUCGAUUUGCAGAGCAUUCAGCAGAUCCUGCAGUUGCAUGGGGGCCUACGAGAACUGCUGAGAAAUUCGGAGGUGCAUCAUCAAAGACUGACAAGUUCUCCUUGAGUUCUGGCGAUUUUCCAACACUAGGCUCUGAUAAGAAGUCUGAGACACACAGUCAGCAAGGUCACAGUUCUCAAGAACAUCCUACUGCAACUUCUGGUAAAUUCAGACCCAAUAUAAAGGUGGAACUUUCUUCCAAUGAGGAUGGUUUCAUGGAUCAUGAAAAUGUUAAUACUCUCAGGACAAACAGAAAUUUGUAUGCUGAAGGUGGUUCUCGACUAAAUAUGAAUUGCCAGAAUAACCCACAGCAGGCACAGCCAUCCCAAAGCUUAAAAAUGGAGUCUCAUCAGUUUGAUUCUUGGCAUGGUCCUCCAGUCCACCCUACUGAUGGAAUUUGGUAUAGAGGUGGGACAAUAGGUGGUCCAUACCAGCCAGCAGCUCCACGGGGUAGUUAUCCUGUUGAGCCUUUUGUGUGCUGUCCGUUCCCGCCUAACUCUGAGGCUGUUUUAAGACCAGGAGCUGGACCAGCUAACUACUAUCCUACCAAUGGAGAGACAUAUCAUCCCCAAAUGCUUCCUAAUUCAUACAUGUUUCCUAGUCAUCCUAUUGUUCCAUCUGGACCUGGGCCUUACCAGGUUCCUCCCUAUGAUGGGUUUUAUAAUUAUCGUCAAACAAGCAUUUACAGUUCUGGUGGACAACAGUUCCCUUCAGCGGGUUUGGCUACUCAACCUAGUGUCUAUAACCAACAUUCUAAUCGUAAUGGAACUUUUAACUCAGGAGAGUCUCAGAACAGUCCUUGUGAAGAUGGUUCAAAAACAACCAGGGAGCAGAUGUUAUCAGUUACAGCUCGUGUUCCUCAUCAAGGAACCAACAUGGUUUUGGUAAAACAACAUGGUGACUUGGAAAGUAAUCACCUGCAAGAAGAGCAAUUCACUCCAGCAAAUUUUGAUGUGAAAUGCAAACCAGGAAUUUCCAACUCCAAGCAGAAGGGCGAGCACUCUACAGUUAGCAGAAAGAAUGAAACUGAUCAGCAAGCUCCAUCCAAGCCAGCUAAUAAUUGUGAAUGCCAAACUUCAACUCCAGUCAUGACUAACUUACAAGAAAAUCCAUGCGGAACAUCUAAUGGCAUACUGAAGAGAGAACCAGAUACUGCAGUUCCAAUGGUUCAUGAUCAGAAACAUAAUCCAGUCAUAAAAAAGAAUUCAGUGCUGAUUGAAAAGAUAGAAGGCUUAAAUAACAAAGUUAGAAAUGCUACUAGUUUCACUGAAAUUGGACAGGUGCCAUCUAGACAAGAGGGAGCAAAACAACCAAAGAUCGUCAAUGCCAAACCCGAAUAUUCUGCAGAAGUUAAUGCUGCACAUACUGAAAAUGCUUCUACGUCCAUCAUUUCUGCUAAGCCUGUUUCUUUUGAGGAGAGUUCUUCAGAUUUUCCUACACCAAGUACUACAGCAAUGCCUGUUCCCUCUAAGUACAGCUCCUCAACUGUAGUUUGUAGCCCAAAGCUAUCUGUUUACUCAGCAAUUGUCUCUAGCCCAGCAGAAUUACAAGAUAUUGAUGUGGUGAAGCCUGAUUAUUGGGUACCUGAUGAGGCAGCUUAUUUUCAUGUUCCAAAUAGAAUCCAUGUUACACGAACUAGGGGUGAUUAUCAUGCUAUAUCGAGAUCAGAUAGUCAAGUUGAUACUGGAUCCGCAAGAAAACCACCUGGUAGAGGUUCCUCUGCUGUUCCCAAGAAAUUGGCUGUGGAUGGCCCAGUCACAGGGAUUCUUGAUAAUAAUCCUUCUAAGGAGGCCAUUUUGUCAUUCUCAUCAGAUUCAAUUGAUCACAAGGUCCAGCAUGCUAAAGUGAAGGAGAUAGCUGUUCAAUGCGCAAAACAGCUGCAAAAGGAGGAAGAAAGGACGAGGGAACAAAAGGCAAAAGGUCUUGCAAAUUUAGAAGAACCGAACAGAUGCUUAGUGGCACAAAACAUGAAACAAAAAUUGAAUUCCUUAUCACGAAAAGGUAAUGUGCAGCAUCAAGAAGAUUCUGGAGUUGAUAUUGCUUCUCAAACUAAUGUUGUAACUAGUAACCCUCCGGGUGAUAUUGUGGGGAAGACUGAGACAUUGGUACUGGCAACUGAUAGUGGGAACAAAAAACAUGGAACAUUAGUUUCUUUGCACUUGAAUUCUGCUUCAAGUACCCCAAGAGAAGUUUCCCAAGAUUCUGCAAUUUUUCAUGGGCCGCCACUGGAUCUGCAGCAUGAGACAAAGACUACAGAUGUUACAAACAAAAAUUUUAGUACAGAGUCUCAUGUUGGUGGUGUGUCUAAGCACAAGCAGAUGGGCUACAGACGAAGGCAGAAAGUCCCACUGGAGAAAAGUUCAGAUAAGAAGCCAAUCAUGGCGGAAAAUAUGGACUCGGAGUAUCUAGAUGAGGUUGUGCUUGAGAGAAGCUCAGAAAAUUCUUCUGAGGGUAAUACACCUGCACCAAUUAAUGAUAAGUUGCUGAACAAUGAGGAUCCUUAUCUUCAGUAUAAGAAGAAAAGCAGUAGAAACCCAAGGAAUAAGAACAAGGAUGACAUCUUGAUGAGCUCUAGUUUAAUUUCUUAUGCACAUUCUGAUGAAAAUGUUGAAGAACAUUUAUGUGAAAGUUCCCAGUCUCAUUCCCCAGCAUUGGUUGCAGAAACUUUAUUUGUUCCUGCCCAAGUUGCUGCUGGAAAUGCUGAAAGUCAAGACUCCAAGGAUGGUAUACAUUCUCACCAAGUGUGUUCUAAAAUUAUUAGAGCUCAUGGUAGGAUGAGCAACCACUGGAAGCCUCAUGCUCCCAGAAGACCAGCAAGAAACCAGCAAGUUCAUAGGCCUAUGGAUAAGGUCCAUGGAAGUGAGACUGUCAUCUGGGCACCUAUAAAGCCUCGAAACAAGAAUGAAGAAUAUGAGGAAAGCAGCCAGAGUGGUAUUAUAGGAAGUGACCAUCAGUCUUCAGAAAGGAAUGAGCAUGAUAUGAAUGGUGCAAGAACAAAGAGGGCUGAAAUGGAGCGAUAUGUUCCUAGACCAGUAGCCAAAGAACUAUUGCAGCAAGAAAACACACAAAAAUCUUCAUCUGAUGUUAAUCAGUCAGGUGACAUGCCUGAGAAGCCUUGCUUAGAUUCUAAAGGUGCUGGGAUGAGUAAAUCGGAUGGGUCAUCAGGUAGGAGAACAGACAUCAUUGCUGAUAAAAAGAACAGAGAGAAUAAACGUACCAAACAAGGGAUGGCACAUGCCUCUUGGCGUCAGAGAAGUUCAACUGAAUCAACUUUACCUUUACAGAGUUUGAAUGAAAGCUUAAACUCUUCUGAUGCUACUAAGCUUUUUGACAAGCCUUCUGAUCAGCAUCUUCAAUUACCAGAACAAUUUGGACCGGAGAGUAGCAGGAAUUCUGUCUUAAAAGAUUCAGUUGUCCUUCCUGUUGUGACUAAGGACCAAGGAAAGAAAAGCAGGGAAAGACAUCAGCAAGUUCACAGAGUUGCAGGAAGCAAUUAUGUUGCUCUUGAUCAUGGCCAUUUGCCGAGUGAAACAGAUGAUAGAAGUGGUGUCAAUACUCCCAUCUCAGAUCUAAAUGACACUGAUGGAAGAACUUCUAUGGCAGGUGAUGGUAAGAAUAUAGGUGGUGAGCAUAUCAGAGCUCAUAGUCACUGGAAACCAAAAUCUCGGCCUUAUUUUCGAAAUCAAAAGCAGGAAAAUAGGGACACUGGUGGACAAAGAAUUUCUUGUCAUAAUGGUACGACUGAGAAAUUCACUUCUCCAGGCUCCAAAACUGAUCCUUCACGUGAUGAUGGUUCUCACGUGGUGAUGGCUGCAGAUAAUGAUGUACCUCCAGGAAAUAGAAAUGCUCAGCAUGAAAGUAAGGUAUCUCCUCCGCACCAACGUGGACACCACAAUGGGCAUUUUAACAGAGUGCAGGAAGCAAUAUAUAAGGGUAAGGACUUGGCACAAGUUACUGGAAAAUUAAAUGCUCAGAUAAAUGAAGAAAGGCCAAAGAACAAUGCACAUCUUGAAUAUAAGCCAAUUGGUUCUUCUAGUGAGCCAAGUGAUUUAUGCCAGUCAAACUUCAGUGUUGAUCAAGGAGCACUGGUUCAUCGUGUUUCCAAACAAAGGUACAGGGAACAAGUUCGGAGUCAAACAAGAAACCGUAGUCACUUCUUCAAGCAGAAUACUGGUGCAACUGCUCUUGUUGGUGAAGAGUGAAACGUGUGAUGGCUGCAUAGUGGGUUUAUAACCACUUUAAUGUGCCCCAAAAUUUUCCACCUAUAUGCUUGUCUGUAAGCAAUAUUUUAAAGCGAUAAACUUCAGGUGUUUUGAGUGAUAUCCAGUCUUAGUCGAUCCUAUUCUUGUGAGCAGCAUGCUGAAGGCUUGGUAAGUGACAUGUGAAUCAGAGUUCAUAGGCACCAAGCAUCCAGUUGGUUGUUCUUUCCCUGGAUGCUUUAUAUGGUUGGUCUUGGUUUGGCGCCUAGUCUUUUGACAUGGUUGGGAGUGCCAUGAAGCUGGAGCAGGCUGUCUUACAAUGAGAUUGCAUGGAUCACCGGCGACUUGAUUUUGGUUCUGCUACUUGUUGCCACUUCAAAUCUCGUUGAGGUAAGGCGAAUUCGUUUCCAUGGGAAAGCCUGUUGUGGCCCUUAGUCACUUCUACUGUUAAUUACUGUUCGUCCAAUAUGUGUGAACUUUUUGAUGCUGAAUUUUGUACAGCAAUAGGCCUUUAGAUUAAAUGACUGGGUUGUGUUUCCUUGUUUUGUAAUUUUUUUGCAUUAGAGCUUUACCCAACGUUUUUUCUCCUGCUAUGAAUAGUUGGAUUACUGAUGCUAGUAAGGAUCAAGUCUACUACUUGUUUUGAA